CAGAGUGGAGGGAGGUACCUGGGCUGCUGGCAGGAGCUCUCUGAGCAGGCCAUUAGAGAUAUUUUGGAAAACGAGUUGUGGUAGAGGGAGGUUUUUCAAGCUGUUAUAGAGAGGGAGAGAGUUUUGGACCAGGGGGAGAAAAAGAAAAAGGAAAAAUCAGAGGGAGGAUAGCAGAGCUUGAGAGUUGAGAGAGGGAAGCUAAGAAAAACAGAGCAGAGAGCUUUAGUGAGAGAAGGGAGAUUCUUGGAGCUUCGAGGAAGGAUGGUUUAGCUUAGAGGAGGAGGAUGAUUGAACGAGAGGAAAAAGGGGAGCAUAGCAGAAGAAGAGAGGGGUCGGUUUGCUCAUUUCUGCUAGAAAGGAGCUCUCCCAAGUGCGGUAUCUAGAACCAGUACCAAGAACCAGCCAACGGCUAAGGCAGAGAACCGUCAACAGCACAUUGAAGAAGGGCAAUGUAGCAUCCGAGUUGGCAUGAAGGAAGAAGGAAUGAUGCUGGGGAGGCAAUAUCCACCAAAUUAUGAUACUUGCUUCAAUUUCAUUAAGCUUCUAAUCAAAGCAAUGCUGAGUAUCCUAGUUUUGGGGCUGGGGCCAAAUUAUAGAGACAAGAUACGCAAGAAGAAAGAGAGUAACAUUUGGGCUGCUAAGGUGAUGAACAUCUUACUUGAGAAGACUAAAAGAUAUGAGUAUGAUACAACUGGAAAGAAUCCCAGGUACGAGGAAAGGCAAAUGCCUUAUGGUACAAAAAAGGAGGAAGAAAAAGAGAAGACACAAGAUUCAGAUACCCUUUUGCCACCCCAAAUACCUGACGAAGGUAAGUUCUCCACACAAAAUGAGGAAGGAAUAGAGAAGAUACAAGUAUCACUUACCAUUUUGCCAUGCAAAAGGCUUGAGGAAGGUACUUCCAAGACAAACAGGGGACAGCAGGAAAGGUCGGAGGAAGAUCCCAAUUGGGCUCUACUGCUCAGAAUUGGUAAAGCCGGCCUCUCUGCUGAUCCAAUAAUUGUAGCAGGUAAAGCUGCCAAAAAAUUGGAUGAUAAGCUUCAUGAGCUCGAUUUGGAAACCAAGAAGAAAAAUGAAGAGGUGGAAAGGUUACCGACGCCCAUAUUAAUGGCGGCAAAGAAUGGUAUAAGUGAAAUGGUGGAGAGCAUCCUUAACUUUCACCCCAAGGCCAUUCAUGAUAUUGACUCAGAGAAGAAGAAUCUGGUGCUAUUGGCUGUGGAGAAUAGGCAUCCCCAUGUGUUUCAGCUCUUACUGAAGAAAAAAAUUCUGAAAGACACUGUAUUUGGUGCAGUGGAUAAUAAUGGGAAUAGCGCAUUGCAUCUUGCCGCAAUGUUUAGAGGCGAUCAUCCUUGGCCUAUACCUGGUGCUGCAUUGCAAAUGCAAUGGGAAGUCAAGUGGUACCAGUAUGUGAAGCAAUCCAUGCCCCCAAAUUUCUUCCCUAUCCACAACAAAAAAAAGGAGUCUGCGAAGCAGAUUUUCACACGUGAACACCAAGAUCUGGUGAAAAUGGGUGGAGAAUGGCUGACUAGCACCGCUACUUCAUGCUCGGUGGUGGCUACGCUCAUUGCAACCGUGGCCUUCGCCACAUCUACAGCGGUACCAGGCGGCACCAAGGAAGGGAGCGGAAAACCUAUUCUUGAGCAGCAGCCAGCCUUUCAUAUCUUUGCUAUUUCAUCACUCAUUGCUCUUUGCUUUUCAGUCACCUCCACUGUCAUGUUUCUUGCCAUUCUCACAUCUAGGCGUCAGGAAAAAGAUUUUGCCCAAGAUUUGCCGAGAAAGCUUUUGCUAGGACUAACUUCACUUUUCAUAUCCAUAUUGUCUAUCUUGGUCACUUUCUGCGCAAGCCACUUCUUUGUGCUCAGAGACGAAUUCAGAAUUGCUGCAUUGCCAGUAUAUGCUGUGACGUGCCUGCCAGCAACAUUUUUUGCUGUUGCCCAGCUACCAUUAUACCUUGAUCUCAUAUGGGCUACUUUUAGCAAGGUGCCACAAGCUUGUUUGGAUGAUACAUAGGGUUUCAUGAUUUUUAAUUUCUAUUCCUUAUCUCAUAUGGUGAUUUUUCCCCCUGUUUCGUUGAUUCCUAGGAUAGCCAUCCUUUUGAUGGUCAGGAGUUUGGUUCCAGUUUCUUUUCUGUGGUCUCGCUUUGUUCAUUGAAACUUCACAAAUGAAAUUGACAUUAUUCUGCU